AUGGAGCUUGUUGAGCAACUAUUUGACAAUGAUGAAGCAGACAUCAUUGCUCAAAUACCUAUCAGCGCAUCCUCUAGCUUUGACAAGAUGAUAUGGAAAGGAACCUCUUUAGGUAUAUUCACUGUCAGAAUUGCCUAUUAUAUGCAUCAAGAAAGGAGUCUAGCGAUUAAAGGACAAGCCUUGAGUAGUCAUGACUUCAAGAAGACUUGGAAAUUGCUUUGGCAUUUGCAAGUCACUCCAGGUGACAUAGUUUUUAUGUGGAGGGCAUGUUUAAGUGCAUUGCCAACACAAACUAAUCUUUUUAAGAGGAAGAUUGUAGCUCAUCCAAAGUGCCCCAUUUGUAAUCUUGAAGAAGAGACAGCAACACAUGCUUUGUGGGAAUGUGAAUCAGCAAGGGAUGUUUGGAGUCAAUGUUCAAAGAGUCUACAGAAAAGCCUUUUCUCACAGAUGAAUAUGUUGAAAAUUUUUGAGGCUAUUGUAGGAACUAUGGAUACAGAUUAUCUUCAGGAAUUUGCCAUGGUAGCAAAGCAGAUGUGGUGGCAGAGGAAUGAGUUUAUUUUUAACCAAGUGUUCAGACAUCCAAAUACAGUAGUCAGUGCAGCCUCUCAGAAUUUGAAAAUGUUGAAAGAAAUGGAGGGUUAG